AAUCCCCAUCUUCAAAUCACAGUUUGUUCAUCCCCGUCUUAUCCUCUUUUCAUCGUUUUGUUCUCAGACAAAGAGAGAAACAGAGAGAACUCAUGUCGUGAGUGAUGUCUCUUGAACAAUGCAACAAGAAGCUCUCUCUUUCCUCUCCUCCACUCUCCCUCCCCGUAACCACCACCAUCUCUUUCCUCCGUUCUCUCGCCUCCGCCUCCACAACUUCCCCUCUCUCUCCUUCAAACCAAACUCAUCGCCGUCAUCAAUCUUCUUCCCUCCCAACCCUCCAGACUCCCUCUCCUCCGCACCUUCCGCCGCCGGAGCCCUAGAAUCCGACAUCCACGAGAAGCUCCUCUACCUCGACACCCUCGGCAUCGACUUCCUCACCCUCCUCAACCGCCACCCUCCCCUCCUCUCCUCCCCCCUCUCCGCCGUCAAAUCCGUCGUCGACUACAUGACCACCCCGCCGAUCAACUUCUCCCUCCCGGACCUCCGCCGCCUCGUCUCCAUGUGCCCGGAGCUUCUCACCUCCCCUCUCACCUCCCACACGAUCCCCGUCAUCACCUUCCUCCUCCGCGAAGUCGGCGUCGACUCCACCUUCGACCUCCGGCAAGCCCUCCGCCGCCGUCCCCGUCUCCUCGCCUGCAGCGUCGACCUCCAGCUGAGGCCCACGCUCUACUUCCUCCGCGGGAUCGGAAUCCUCGAGCCGCGGAGACACACUUACCUCCUCUCCUGCAGCGUCGAGGGCAAGCUCCUCCCGAGGAUCGAGUUCUUCGAGAGGCUCGGGUUCUCGCGGCGGAGCGCCGCCGCGAUGUUCAAGAGGUUCCCGCAGCUGUUUAACUACAGCAUCGGUGAGAACUACGAGCCGAAGCUGAACUACUUGAUGGGGGAGAUGGGGAGAGACGUGAGGGAGGUUCUCGAGUUUCCUCAGUAUUUCUCGUUCAGCUUGGAGAACCGGAUUAAACCGAGACACGUGGCGUGCGCGGGGAGAGGGGUGAGGCUGCCGUUGGCGGUUAUGUUGAAGACGAAGGAAGAUGGGUUUCGGGAUGCGUUGGAGGUAUGUUGUGAUUCUUCUCCGCCAUUGAAGACCUCUCGACUUUGUUGUGUACAGAAAGAUUCUUGAUUUUUAGAGUUUUUGCAAAGUGGUACAGUUUGUGUUGAAUGAUUCCGAAGAACUCAAAAGAAUGAAGAAACCGUUAGUCUCUGCCUACAUUUUGAGAGAGAAAGGAAGGUAGUUUCUUGAUAGGAGAAGGAAUGUUCAUUUACAAUGUGGAUUGUAUUGGUAGUUCAGUGGAAUGAAAUGAAAUGUUCAGCCAAGUGGAUGCAACCACUUAAGAGUUCUAGAAUUGGAGGCAGGAAGGUAUGAUUAUGUACUGGUUAACCGGACAAUUGAGUUAAAUCUUGAGGAUCUAGAGCUUUUUAAGUCCUUGAAUCUUUGCCAUUGGUCUAAAUCUGAAUCUCUGUUUUACA